AUGGCCGAUAAAACAAAAGGAAGCGCUACGGCUCGGAACAGCGACAUCGACAACUGUCUGUACUCUAGAAGUCACAGAAUCCACAACCUCAUGGCAAAGCUUAUCGAGCAGUAUUUUGAGACACACUUAUCACUGGGAGAGGAGGAAGCCUCCAGAUUGACGAGAGAAUACUACAAGGCAUACGGCCUGGCAAUCGAAGGCUUAGUCCGCCAUCAUGAAAUAGACCCAUUGGACUUCAACGCAAAGGUGGAUGACGCGUUGCCUCUCGACGACAUCCUAAAGCCCGAUGCAGACCUCCGAGCGCUGUUGGAGGAUAUCGACACCAACAAAGUCAAACUCUGGCUCUUCACGAAUGCCUACGUCAACCACGGAAAGCGGGUUGUGCGACUUCUUGGAAUCGAUGACCUAUUUGAUGGUCUGACCUACUGCGACUACGCCCAGUACCCAUUCGUCUGCAAACCAGCCAAGGAGAUGUUCCGCAGGGCCAUGGAACAGGCAGGGGUUGAGAACCCGGGAGACUGUUACUUUGUUGGUAAGCUCUUGACUCCCGAAAACUUUGGCACGGUGGAUGCACCGCUGGUCUCAGUUCGUGAAUAG